GUCGGUAAAGAAGAAGACAUAAUCAAUUAUUUUUUGCAAGAUACUAUUCAAUCAAAGGAUUUUCUCUUAUGAAAAUUUUCUAUUAAUGCAUUGUGCAAAAGUUUUAAUAAUAUAUACAUGAUAUGUUCGAGAAAUUGGAUAAUAAAUUAGUAAGACCCAAUUUAUAAGUUAUAAUAAAUUAUUAUGUCUCAAAGAAGUAAAGUGAUACAAUUGUAUAAAACGCUUUUGUAUAUGGGACAUGAUCAUCCAAAAGGUUAUGAAUAUUUUAGAACAAGAUUAAGAAGAGCAUUUAAUAAAAAUAAAGAAGAAUGUAAUCCUGAGCAAAUUGAUAAAAUGAUAGAACAUGGAAAUUAUAUUAUAAAAGACAUGGCUGUAUGUGUGGCUGUUAUUGGAAAAGAUAAUUCUCCCAAGUAUAUUAAAUGUGCAGAUGAAGCCCUUGCAUUGCAAUUUCAUUAUAAAGUGCAUACAUCUAUUGAUAUUAUAGAAGAAAAGUUAAACAUAGGAAACAAAACAGCAGUUGAUAUUCGUGAUUUAUAUUUAGGUUUGUUACUUACCACGGAAGAGUUUAAAAUCUAUGGUUAUGCUACGAAUACAAAAAUUAAAUUUGUGAUUGUAUUACAAUCAUCUAAUAUAUCAUUUCGAGAUAAUGAAGUAAAGACGAUAUUUAAAAAACUACAUACUGCCUAUUCCAAUGCCGUUUGUAAUCCAUUUUAUGUGCCAGGCAGUUCAAUCAAUUCUAAGUCCUUUGAUUCAUCUGUAACGGAGAUAAUGGGAAUUAUAUAAACUCAUACAUUCUUUUAUAUAAAAUUACUUUACCAAUGUUAUUGAUUCAUUCUUUGACUUUUAUCCAUAAAUAAAUAAUAUAUAAUAUAAUAGUAUAUUAUAAUUUUCUAAAGCAAAAAGAAUUAUUAUAAAACAAUGUUAAAUAGGAUCUUUUUUAUUUGUAAAUUCAAUCGAGUUGCAUCAUAUACAAAUUGGUAGACCAUUUUUUUUUUAUAUUUGUAUGAUGUAAUUUGAUUAUGAGAUGAAUUAAUGAAAUGAAUGAUUAUGAGAGUAGCACAUUGAAGUUGGUUACUCAAUGUUGUUACCUCGAAUAUAUUAACUACUUGUAAAAAAAAAAUAGAUGAUACUAUAUGAUAGAAAAAUGAUACUAUAACAAAUGUAUUAUACAAUUAUAUUCAAACAUACAACAUUAAGUAAACAACCAUUCAAGUGAUAACAAAAAUAACAUGUAGGCUGUUAUACAUACAUUCUAUUGUCAUCAUUAUAUUAAACAUCAUAUAACGUUCUAUAAAAUUUUUUAUCGAAAUAUAAUUGUACUUCAAUUAGAAAGUUAAAACUUAUUUUCAUCAUUAUUUUAUAUUAUUACAGAAAUGGCAUAAAAUAAUUUAAAUCAAAGACUAAUAGUAAUAUUUGCAGUAUCUACUACAAUACAUUUUUUACUAAUUAAUAUCAACGUUAAAUAUUUAACUAUAAAGUUAUUAUUUUUACAUGCAACAGAUUUUGUUAUAAUUUGACAAUUACAAUUAAUGUUCAAAAUCAAUUAUCAAUUAUCAGUUAUAUUUAUGAUUGAUAUAUUAAAUCUAUCAAAUAAUAGUACAAAAAUAAAGUAAAAUAUCCAUGUGACAUUUUUUAUGUAAUCAAUACAAUGAUUCACUAUUAUGUUACUAUUAUAGUGUAAGAAGCAUCGAUGAUUGCUCUGUACGUUGUAAUAAGGAUGGUUUUGACCAUAACAUUUGAUUUUUGUCACAUAAUAAGGGUGUACUUUCUGAAUAUCUUGCAUUCUGCAAAUAACCAUUAUUGCUGCUACUAUUAUUACAUUUGAUAGUGAACAUUCCAUUAGAUUCAUAUUCAGUUUGUAUGUAUGAAUACUUCUUUAUCCUUGUUUUGUCUUUAUGUAGUCCACAAUCAGUUGGUAUGGUUGUUAUAAAAUAUGAUGAUAGAAGUAUAGCCUUUGUCAUCCCUAUUGACAAUAAAAGCCUAUUGGAAUAUAAAUGCAGACACUUUUGAUUCAAUAUGAUAUGAGAAAAAAAAAAUAUAUAUAUAUUCAUAUUUCAAGUGCAAGAUAUUUGUCAAUAAUGGCAAAUAGAAGUAGCAUGUCUAUGAAAUAUUUCAUGCAGUUUUCACAUACAUGUUAAUUAUCUUCAUAUUGUUACUUUGAUUAAAACAGUGCUAGGUUUAUAUAUUAAAAAAAUAUUGUGCCUUUAAACGAUGUUUAAAAUAUUACUUUUUGAAGCAACAAUGUAUGCUAUGUUAAAAUCCUUUAGUUAAGAUCAACAAGGUAUUGUGCACAAAUUUCUAAUUAUAAAUAAACUACGGUAACUAAUUAUUAAUUAACUAAUUAAAUUAACAAAUAAACAAACAAUCUGAUAUAAUAUAAUAAAUAAAUAUAAUUGAAGCAUU